AUGGGAUCUCACGCUAACGAGGCCUACUCUCAACAAAAUAUGAACAAUCGAGUUCCAGCGCACAUUUCGCAGUCUGCUCGUCAAUUGACCAACGGCCCGCCACCGCCUGCCAACUACCAGAUGGCCCAAAUGCCUAUGAAUAUGCCGCAGCAGAUGGCAGCGCAUGGCACUGACAUGUAUGGCCAACAGGCGAUGGCUGGCCGGCUGCCGCAUAUGCCUCCGGCGCCGCGUCCAAUGUCGGGUCCUCCGCCCGGCGCCUACCCGGUGCCGCCACAGCAGAUGAACCCUCAUCAGCCCCACUAUCACGGAGCCCCUCCAGGACAGCAUCAUCACCCUGGCGCUAUGCAGAUGAUGCCGAACUUCCCUCCUGGCAUGCAAGGAAUGCCGAUGCAGAUGCCACCACCAACGAUGUACAUGAUGCCCAUGCAGCAUAUGAUGCAGCAACAGCCCCCUGGUAGCGAAUAUUAUCAGGACCAAUACCAUCAACAGCACGCCCAGCAUCCUCCUCCACAAAUGAUGCAGCCAAACUACGGCAUGGCGCCGCCCGAGCCUGAUUAUGCUAUGUACAACCACAUGAUGCAAGGCGCCGCUAAUCCAGCGAUGAUGAUGCCCCGGCAGCCCAUCCCUCCCCUGAUGGGCCAGCAAAUCUUCCAACCUGGCAUGGGCCAACAGCCAACGGAAGCGCAUGAAUAUCAACAUACGCAGCCUCCUACCUAUCACCCGCAGAAUGGCCAGAACAGAAAUAUGCAGCGAGAUGGCCCGCUCCGAACCUUCAGCAAUCAGCCCUCCCUGAGCCGGAAGCAGAGUGACGUCACGGACGCUGCUCGCUCGGGUGCGUCAACACCGCAGCGCUCUCAGGCCCAGACCCCGGCUUCCCUUUGCGUUGACGCUGACGGAUCGGAUGCCGAUAAAAUUUCGCCGCCUAAAAAGGCCGAAGACGAUGGAAAGAAUCAGACGCGGGACAAGAUGCGCCAGGCGGUGCUCGCCAAGCUCGAGGCGGAUAAGAGCAGUGAAGCUGAACAGGCGGCCGCGAAUGAAGAAAGCUCCAAUCUGGAGAUGCAGGAGCUGGCCUCGGCUUUAGAGGAGACCCAGGCGUCAAACUCUGAGACGACGACCGUCAUCGAGAACAAGGCGUAUGCCGGGAAAACCAACUUCCAAGACGAACAGUCCGAACCUGAGGACAAGCCUGCGCCGGUGAAGCGAUGCGACGAUGUUCGCGCCACGCAAAACCGCCCUUCUUCCGAUGUGCGCAUGUCGCGUGACAGCACUGGUAGCCGCGAUCGCCCAAAGCUUCUUAACCUGCUGGAGCCCGCGGACGAGUCGAAGGCUGAUCGCGUGCGACGCACCCGGGACUUCUACUGCUCCUACUGUGUUGAGUCCAAGCCGGAAGCCGCGAUGUCUCAUCGAUUUGAUGAAGCAGAUGGCACAAUUAUAUGCAAGGUCUUCCUCGAGCACUACGUCUGCUGCAAGUGUAAGCAACGCGGCCACCUAGGUGCCGAAUGCCAGAAAGCCGGGGUUAACCCGUCGCCCACGCCGCACACCACGGAGAAGCCGCAUCCCCGCGGCGAUGGCAACUACAAUAGUUACCGGGGCCAUUCCGGACCUGGGAACUACGGCGGCCCUCGAGGCGGAUCUUUCCAAACGGGCCGAGGCGGAAGUAUGCAACGUCAUGAUUACCACGGCAGCAGGGAAAGCUUCAAGUCACAGGGGAACUAUUCGACCGGCGGAGGGCAGAAGCCGUACCCACCCAAUCAUAGUGGGCCGUUCCGGGGGAAUCGUGGCGGUGACCACUGGCGCGGCGGACCCGGACGUGGUGGGCGCGGCGGUGGCGGUCCGGGCAACAGCUACCACCCACGCAACUCGGCAUCCCGCGAGGCUCCGGCUGAGGCUCAACCA